UACUUGGUACUCAAUAGAACUCUGCCAUUUUGAUAAAGAAAACGCUUCUUUCAUAGAAGGGAUAAGUAAAAGUAAACUAUUUAAGAGACACGACGCAGUUGUUAUAAAGCGCUUCCUUCUUGAAGUUGACGAGCUCGAAGAAGAAUUAUUUUUCACAGAACUUGAAGUGCUUGCUAGUGUUAAGCAUCACAACAUAGUCACUCUAAUAGGAUUUUGUGUUGAAGGUUUUGAGAUGAUACUCGUCACCGAGAAAUUUUCUAAUGGAUCACUUGGUGAUUAUUUGGGUAACGCAAAAAAAAUGCAUAAUUUGACUUGGGAAAAACGUUUGAAAAUCUGCAUUGACGGUGUUCACGCACUGAAUUACCUUCAUUAUGAGAUGGCAGAUAAAAAAAUGAUGAUACACAGUGAUAUAGAUCCUUUUAGAUUUGGGUUGUAUGAGAAUUGGAGGGCAAAGAUCCAAGACUUUGAGUUGGCAGUAUUCCUGCCUCCAAAUCAAAAAGACGAAGCUCUAUGUAAAAGAACAUAUUUUAAGUCAACGUGGCACGUGGAUCCAGAAUAUGUGAAGACUGGUAAGCUAAAAGAGAGUCGGAUGUGUAUAGCUUUGGAGUAGUUAUGUUUGAAAUUCUAUGCGGAAGAAGAGCUCAGGACCAAAUUUACCUUAAGCAGAGUGAGAAAGGGUUGGUUCAUGUUGCAAGACAAAACUUCUCCAAUGGGACAAUAGAGGACAUCAUAGAUCCUAUACUAAAGGAAGAAACUGGUAAACAGAGUCAUAGUCCAAUUAGAAGAGCCAACAAGGAUUCUUUGUACACAUUUUUAAAAGUUGCAAACCAGUGUGUGGCGGAGACUCAAGACCAACGCCCAACAAUGAAAGCUGUUCUCAACGAACUUGAGAAAGCACUGGUCUUUCAAGUAAGUCAGGAGGAGCAAGUACAUGAGCCAAAUAAGGACCAAGUUGUCGAGGAACUUCAGAUAACAACUUUUCAAAUUCCUGUAAGACCUUCCUUUUUUUUACUUCAUCUUUUUGGUUGGUAA